AUGGCGGCUUCCAGCCCGCUGCCGGCGGCGCAGGACUUGCCCGCGCUGCGCGCCCGGCUGCAGGGGCUGCUGCGGUUCCUGAGGCAGGCCCUGCCCAUCUCCAAUGCGCACACCGUGGACUUCUACACGGAGUCCGUGUGGGAGCAACUGGUCGACCUGCCCCCGGAGACGGUGCUGGAGGUGCUGAGGGAGACGGCGAAGGGCCGGACCGCGGAGGCGCGCCCCCUGGCGGAGGCCGAGGGCGGAGCAGGUAUUUCUGGUUUUUCUAAAAUAUUUUGUGAAACUUCCCAGAAGCUAGUUAGUGUGGAAGCCUUUGCUCUGGCUGCUAAACAUUAUUCUAUACAAAACUUGGGAAUGUGUACUCCUUUUGAGCAAUUGCUUGUAGCCCUUCGAGGAAUUAAAGAAGAGAAAACUGGUGACAGUGUGAAGACAGAUGAGUUUAUGAAUUUGAAAAAAUCUCACGAAGUUCAGGCAAUGUCAGAGCUGAUCAGCAGUAUUGCUGAUUACUGUGGUAUAAAGCAGGUAAUUGACCUGGGUUCUGGAAAAGGCUACCUAAGUUCCUAUUUGUCCAUGAAGUAUGGCUUAAAAGUUUAUGGAAUUGAUUCCUCAAAUACCAAUACUCAUGGAGCUCAGGAGAGAAACAGGAAGUUGAAGAAACAUUGGAAAGUCUAUCAUACCCAGUCAGACUUAGAUGUCAGUGAACUGCCAUUCAAAAUGGCAAAAGAAAAGAAAACAAAAGAUCAAGUAAAAAAUAAAACAGAUAUUCAGGGAGUAUGUAACAACAGUCCUGCAAAUCAAGGAAUGAUGUCUACAUCAGAUUUUUUGCCAGACUUUUCGAGUUCUGUUAUUUCUAACAUAAGAAAACAAAUGGAAAACCUACAUGUUCAUUCACAUCGAGAAGAAAAUUUGUGUCUUGAAAAUGCCUUUUCUCUUAUAGACCGUUUGCCUAUUAAUGCCAUUGAACUUACUUCUUCCUCCAAAAUACCCAAGAGAAAAAUGUCAGAAGCAAAUAAAGAGAGAAGAAAAACAACAUCCAAGUCAAAUGAAUCCAAUAUAUACUCACCUUUAACAUCUUUUAUUACUGCUGAUUCAGAACUACAUGAUAUUAUUAAAGAUCUGGAGGAUUGCUUGAUGGUAGGUCUACAUACUUGUGGUGAUCUUGCUUCAAAUACUCUACGAAUAUUUACAUCCAAUUCUAAAAUCAAGGGAGUUUGCAGUGUGGGUUGUUGCUACCACCUCUUAUCUGAAGAAUUUGAAGACCCAGAUAAAGAAUGUACCCAAGAAAAGUGGGGAUUUCCAAUGUGUCACUAUUUAAAGGAAGAGAGAUGGUCGUGUGGUCGCAAUGCCAGAAUGUCAGCAUGUUUGGCACUGGAGCGGGUUGCAGUUGGCCAAGGGCUGCCUACAGAAUCACUCUUCUAUCGUGCUGUCCUUCAGGAUAUUAUUAAAGAUGGUUAUGGCAUCACCAAAUGUGAUCGAUAUGUUGGUAAAACUUAUUCCAAAUCCUCUUCCUUUCUGGAUUAUGUCAGAAAGUCUCUAAAGAAGCUUGGAUUAGAUGAAUUUAAGCUGCCAGAAAAAAUGAUAAUGGACUACUAUGAGAAGUAUAAGCCCAGAAUGAAUGAGCUGGAAGCUUUUAAUAUGUUGAAAGUUGUUCUGGCUCCUUGUAUAGAGACAUUGAUUCUUCUGGAUCGACUUUGCUACCUGAAAGAGCAGGAAGAUAUUGCAUGGUCCGCACUUGUGAAGUUGUUUGAUCCUGUGAAAUCUCCCAGAUGUUAUGCUGUUAUUGCUCUGAAACAGCAGCAAUGA